AUGAGCAAUGCUAAGCUCUUGCAAUCCACGUGGACAAGUUGUUCGAAACCGAGAAGAGUUACUGUAAUUAUGAGAAGCGCAGAGAGGGUAGAUAGAAUAUUUGGAGUGAAUUGGUGCAAAACUGAGAAAUUUAUGAAUAAGGUAAGAAAUGUUUUUUUUCCCCCAGUGGAACUUUUUAUCUGUGGUCCAAGGCCUCUUUUUGAGCCUGGUUGAUUAAUCCGUACUCACGCGGUCCGGGCGGUCUAAACCAUAUUAUUGAUUUUUCAGGUGAAUGCGACUGAUUUGAAUAUGCCAAUCGAUGCGAUUUUGCACCCAGUUUUAUACGAUUUCAAUCCACCAAUCACAAAUAUUGGAAAAUAUACGACGCAACUCAACGCAAGAGCUUUAAAGAAUCGCGGAAUCGCUGCCAAUAUCAUUUUCUGCUCGCCGAGUUUGCGUUGUGUUCAAACAGCGGCGGCAAUUGCGAAAACUUUGGGAAACACUGCGAGAAUUUGUGUUGAGCCGGGAUUAUUGGAGCCGCUUGAAUGGUAUAGAAAUGCGGGAGCUGCUGAAUUGCCCGACUUUUUUGCUCCACAUCUUUUGGAUGCUUAUGGAAUUGAUAAAGAAUUGUAAGUUAUUUAAAAAUUAGCAAAAAAGAGAAAAAUACGGUAUUCUACGCCAUUUGUGUGCAUUUGUGCGUCGCCGUGUUUGCAGAAUAUUGUUCUGUUUGGUGCAAAAAAUUUAAUUACAAAAUUUUGACACGUGAAUUUGACGCCAGUCAACCCCCUUGAAUUUUGACUUCGGAGUUUCAGGCAGUUCUACAAAUGAUCUUUAUCUUCAGAAUUUGAAUUGAAAAAUUCCUAAAACCUCAAACAUGCUCCAUUUUUCAGCCGUCCAAUAUUUUCGAUCGAAGAAUUGACUGAUGCAUUUGCGAUCAAAAACCAAGAUCAAUGCAUUCAACGAAUCUCGCUGGUUUUGAGAAAGUAAGCGAUUUUCUGUAAAUCUAGUCAAAAGGUAUACGCACACAAGCCUAAAAUUCAAUAUUUCCAGUAUCUGCGGUUCAGAUCGUAAUACAUCUGCGAUUGUCGUUGCUCAUGCAAUCACAAUGGAUAUCGCAUCUCGAAUCGGUCAACACGGCGAUCAAAUCGACCCACAAAGUCUUGAUGAAUGCACAUCUUACGAGGAACCAAUUUACGGAGCUCAAAAAUGUGGUCUGACUUCAAAACUCGAAAUUGGUGUCAAAUAUCCGCCAGGUUCUACAAUUGGUUUGAUUCGCAUCAACGAUGCUCCGCCGUAUGUUUUGCAAACUGUCACUGAUUUGAUUCCUCCAUUUAGUUCGGGUGGUUUUUCCAACAAAGUUUUGUAA